CAAUCUGUGUAUGUGUAUGAGUGUGUUUGUGAAAGACAGCGACGUUAACGCGAAUUUCAUUCAUUUCGUUGUGAUUUUUCAUUAAAUUUUUUGUAAAAAUUCAUAAUAAAUCUUUAAAAUUCUUAAAUUUAAACAACAAAAAAGUGAAAUUUAAUCCCAAAACAUGUAAAUAUAACAUUCAAAAAGAUUUAUUACAAGCGAAAGAAUAAAGAAAACAUAAAGUGAAAUAUUGCACAGCAGCAACAAGAUCACACAAUUUUUUUGUCUUAAUUUUUUUUCUACUGUGGAGGAAUUAAAAAAGAAGGUUGAACAAAAGUUAAAGCUGAGCUAGUUUACAAAGAAAUUUAUAUAAAAAAUAAAUAAUUUUUCGUGAAAAAAAUGUAUUAAAUUGUGAUAAAGUAAAUAUUGCUUAAAAUUUAAAAAUAAGUGUUUUAAAAAAGGCCUUUUAAAGUGUGCGAAGAAUAAAAAAAGAAUGUUACAAAAUGUUACGGACUUUGGAGUGCAAGAGGAAUGUGUAAUGAAGAAGAAAAAUAAUUAAUAAUAUAAAAAAAUAAAACAAAUACAACAAAACAAAAAGUGUUCCAACAGUCAGUCAGUCAUUUUUUAAUUUAUUUUUGUGAUUUUUUCACUUCCAAUGUUCUUUUAUAUUAUUUGGUUAAGUAGUGUAUGUUGUUGUUUUUGUGGUUUUUCAUAAAAAAGACAAGUUGUUGCUUCUUUAGGCCGCACUUUGUUGCUGGCGAAAAACAGAAGAAAAAACAUAAUAAUAAUAAAGCAGCAACAGCGGCGCCUGCCACCACCACCAACACCACUCAUCCACUCACUCAUUACUACCACUAAUCAACCAACCAACCGCUACUCUUGUUAACCUCCAGGUGCAUUCAUACAAAAAUAUACAUACAAAACAAAAAAAAAUUAAAUAAAAAUUUAUAACAAAAAGAAAAAUAUACAUACAUAUAUUUUAAAAAUUCUAAUUUAUUAAAAAAAAGUAUUAAAGUGUUGUGAAAGACAUUUUUUCUGUUGUUUUCAUUUUGUGCUUUAAAUUCGCCAAAAACAAAAAUUGCUGACUGCAGAAAUACUGGAUAAUAUCCAUUAAUUUGUAAAUGGAAUAAAAACAUUUCUCUUCAACUGAUAAUGUUUUUAUACUAAACUGUGCAACAACAGUAAGAAAAGGGACUUGUUGGCGCAGCUCUGUCAGCGUGAAAAGGCAAACUCAAAAUGCUUAUGUUUAUGCUUUGAAUUACUGUUACUGAUAUCAAUAUAAAAAAGAUAAAACUACGUACAGACAGGGCGGACAUACAGAAAGUCAACUGAAAACCAAAACCAACAAUAAGUAGAAAGACAUCGUCCAUUCGAGCAACCAGCACUCACCUGGAAACCCCAAACCAAAUAGCGAUACGGCAAACAAACUCUACAAAAAAAAAAGAACAACACAAAAUAGAAGACAAUAAAACGAAGAAGAAACAAACAAUACAAAAAAGAAAACAACAAAAAAUUAAACUUUGUUUUCAAUUACUAUAUAUUUAUUUAAUAAAAACAAUUUAAACACAUAUAGCAAGCAGUACCAUACCAUACACACAAAAUACAAAACCUAAAAAAUAAAUAAAAUUCAAAUUGAAAUUGAAAUAGAAAAAAAGUACUUAAGAAACAUAAUAAGCUAAAAUAAAACUAAAAGGAAACAACAACAAAAUAUAAGAAAACAAACAACAACAGCAGCAGCGGCAGCAGAAAAAACUAAUAAACAAACAAACACUAAAAUACUCAAAUAAAAUAAAAAUUAAGCAAUAGAAGGAGACCAAUCAGACCCUCUUGUUUAUAUUGUUGUUGUAGUAUAUAGUUUUUGUUAUUUGUUGUUAUUAUUUGAAGAAAAAGGCAACACAAAACUGUAAUAAAAUUUGGCAAUAGAGCAAACGUACAUUGGCCAACUACAACAACAACAACUGUACAGUAAACAAAAUCCAGAAAAAAAGUCACGAUCAAAACAAACAAAACCAAAAAAAAACCUUAGAAAAGUUUUUAAAAUAUUAUUUAGCCAACACAAAAACUGGAGACAAUUUCUGAACAAAGCUAAAAAGAAAUAAGGAAGAAUCUUUGAAAGCAAUAAGAAAAUAUAGAAAAACCUUUGUCCUCAUCACCAUCGUCAUCAGCAGCAGCAAAAGCAUCAUCAUUGAAUUGAUAGCCUUUUAAAACGGCAAAACAUUAAUUGGCAUUGAUAGUUUUUUUUUUGUUCGUAGUGUUGUUGUUACUGUUGCUAUUGUUGCCUUUACAAAUCGUCUAAACUCCUACAAUACAAACCGCAGCAUCAGCAGCAGUAGUAACAAACCAAUAAGAAAAACAAAAAAAAAAUAGUCACCGACCGCAAUACACGAACAACGAACAACAACAAUAUUGUCAUUAUUUUCUAAUAGUGCCAAACAACAUUGACAUUACUUAUAACAACAACAACAACAUUAAGCUAGCUAGCUACCUUUAAAGCUUUAAAGGAAAUAAGGAAGAGGGAAUCACUAUCUGCAUCAGCGUCUUGUGACUGUGUCUCUUAUUAGUUAAACAACCAUCACUACUUUAAUGUUGUCCAUUUCAUUUGAAAAGCUGUCAACAGCUUUUUAUUUGUACAUUUAUUUUGGCUAAAAUUGUUGUAAUAUCAACAAAAGAAACAAACCCUACAAACAAAAAUCUCAAAGAAAAAAAACAAACUUUCUUCCAACUUUUGAGAAGUAAUAAGGAUUAAUAGAAAAAUCAUUACAGCAAAUAAAAAACCUACGCUAACUUUUUACUGGAAUUCCAAGUCAAAUUUAACAAAAUUUCUAUAUAAAAUAUGGCGAAUUUAGAUGAGGAUCGAAGGCGAAGGACUCAUGUACUAGAGCAGGAGAUGCGUAAUCCAUUUAGUAUUUGCAAUGUAGACUGCCUGCUAGACACAGUGACCGCGUUGGUUUCCGACUGUGAUCAUGAAUCAUUGAAACGCCUUAAAAAUAUAGAACAAUAUGCAUCAAAAUACAAACCUCUCGCACAACAAAUCUGCCAACUGCGCAUGAAUGUUGAAGACUUUGAUUUUAUAAAAAUCAUUGGAGCCGGUGCCUUUGGUGAGGUGCAAUUGGUCCGGCAUAAAUCCUCCCGUCAAGUGUAUGCAAUGAAAAGACUUUCAAAAUUUGAAAUGAUGAAACGACCUGACUCGGCAUUUUUCUGGGAAGAACGUCACAUAAUGGCACAUGCCAACUCCGAAUGGAUUGUCCAGUUGCAUUUUGCUUUUCAGGAUAACAAAUACCUGUAUAUGGUUAUGGAUUAUAUGCCCGGUGGUGAUAUAGUCUCGCUGAUGUCCAUGUAUGAAAUACCGGAAAAGUGGGCAAUAUUCUAUACCAUGGAAGUGGUUUUGGCAUUGGAUACAAUACACAAUAUGGGUUUUGUGCAUCGCGAUGUGAAGCCCGAUAAUAUGUUACUGGAUCGUUAUGGUCAUUUGAAGUUGGCUGAUUUUGGUACAUGUAUGCGCAUGGGUUCUAAUGGUUUGGUGGUAUCAAGCAAUGCUGUGGGUACACCCGAUUAUAUAAGUCCCGAAGUGUUGCAAUCCCAAGGUGUGGAUAAUGAAUAUGGCCGUGAAUGCGAUUGGUGGUCUGUGGGUAUUUUCCUUUACGAAAUGCUUGUGGGCGAUACUCCCUUCUAUGCCGAUUCGUUGGUGGGCACAUAUGGCAAGAUUAUGGACCAUAAAAAUUCUCUAAGUUUCCCGGCUGAGGUGGAAAUAAGUGAAAAUGCUAAGAGUCUUAUACGGGCCUUUCUCACAGAUCGUACACAAAGAUUGGGUCGUCAUGGCAUAGAUGAAAUUAAGGAGCAUCCAUUUUUUCAGAAUGACUCCUGGGGCUUUGAUAAUAUCAGAGAAAGUGUUCCACCUGUAGUACCAGAAUUGUCUUCCGAUGAUGAUACAAGAAAUUUUGAGGACAUUGAAAGAGACGAGACUCCUGAAGAAGUAUUUCCAAUACCCAAGAAUUUUGACGGUAAUCACUUGCCAUUUAUAGGUUUCACCUAUACGGGCGAUUAUCAGCUGUUGUCGAAUAAUGAUACAGUUGAUGCUGAGGCUAAGGAAAACAGUACAAAUACCGCCAAUCACAAUCAUAGACAUAGACCUUCUAAUUCGAAUGAAAUCAAACGUUUGGAAGCUUUGCUCGAGAGAGAACGCACUCAUUCGGAAACGUUGGAGAAACAAGACAAGGCGUUGAGACAACAAUUGGAAAUUAUUACUAAACGUGAAGCCGAAUUACAAGCCAUGUCUUCCGAAUAUGAAAAGGAUCUGGCCAUAACGCAACACAACUAUAAAAUUGCUUUGCAAAAGUUUGAACAAGAAAUUGAGUUGCGCAAGAAAACUGAAAUUCUCUUGACGGAAACGCAGAAAAAUCUCGAUAAUGAACAGAAAAUACGAACCCGUGAAAUGAACAACAAUCAGCAUCAUAACGAGAAGAUUGUUACGCUUGAAAAGCAAUUGAAGGAAAUGGAGGAGAAUUUCAAAAAUGAAACAGAAAAUUCGCAAAAACUGAAAAAACAAACAGCGGAAUGGGGCUUGGCCAAACAAGAACUCGAAGCUAAAAUUGCUCAAAAUCAAGGAAUGCUAACCAGUUUGCAGAAUCAAAAGGAAACAUUGCAACAAGAAGUAGCUGAGUUACAAGCACAUUUGGCACAAGAGAAAAAUUCUCGUUCCCAAUUGAAGGAACUGCAGAAAGAAACUGAAAAUAAAUUACAAACCAUUUCCAAUGAUCUAGAGAGAGCCAUAACAAGAGAACAACAAGCCUACGAAGAUAAUAGGGUAUUAACGGAGAAAAUUUCCGAUUUAGAAAAAUCAAAUGCUGGACUAGAUUUCGAAUUGAAAGCAGCUCAGGGUCGGUACCAGCAAGAAGUAAAAGCUCAUCAGGAAACUGAAAAAACACGCAUGUUAAGUCGUGAAGAAGCAAAUCUACAAGAAGUUAAAGCUUUACAAACCAAAAUUAACGAGGAAAAGUCGGCUCGCAUUAAAGCCGAUCAAAAUUCUCAAGAAAAAGAAAGACAAUUUAGUAUGCUCUCUGUAGACUAUAGGCAAAUACAACAACGUUUGCAGAAGUUGGAGGGAGAAUGCCGACAAGAGGCUGAAAAGGUGACGGUGUUGCAAUCACAACUAGAUCAAGAACACACCAAAAAGAACUCUCUACUCUCCGAUUUAAGUCUGAAGAGUUCAGAGGUUGCUCACUUGAAAUCCAGAGAAAAUCAAUUACAAAAGGAACUGGCUGCUCUAAGAGAAAAUAAACGCAAACAUGAGGAGGACAUGUCCCAAAUAAAGAUUGCUCUCAAUAAGGAGAUCCUACAAAAGAAAGAACUGCAAGAUCAACUAGAUGCCGAACAAAUUUUCUCCCGCCUUUACAAAGCACAAGCUAACGAACACAGAGAAGAAAUUGAGGAUAGAUGUCGUGAAAUACAAGACCUUAAAGAGGAACGAGUCUCACUCAAACAUCAAGUACAAGUUGCUGUGGCUCGAGCCGAUUCAGAAGCCUUGGCUCGUUCCAUAGCCGAAGAAACUGUAGCAGAUUUGGAGAAGGAAAAAACCAUUAAAGAGUUGGAACUCAAAGACUUUAUGACGAAACAUCGCAAUGAAAUCUCCGCGAAAGAUGCUCUUUUGGCAGCAGCUAAAGAUACUGAAGGAGAUUUUAUUAAGAAAAUUAAUCAAAAGAAUGCUGAACAUGAUGAUUUGAUGCAACAAAAUAAGAAAUUGCUAGAUGAAAUGACACAAGUGAAGGCAACAAAAGAAGAGGAAAUUGUUAAACUCAAAGAGAAGUGGAAGAAUGAAAUGCUAUUGAAACAGGUGGCUGUAAAUAAAUUGGCCGAAGUCAUGAACCGAAGAGAUACAGAUUUGCAAAAACAAAAAGGCAAAACACGUUCAUCCGCCGAAUUGCGCAAGAAAGAAAAAGAAAUGCGUCGUUUACAACAAGAAAUGCAACAAGAACGUGAGAAAUACAAUCAAUUGCUACUUAAACACCAAGACCUACAAAGUCAAGUCAUUGAAGACAGUCACAUUAAACAGAAACUACAAAUGGAAAUUGACUGCAAGGCCACAGAAAUUGAGCAACUGCAAUCGAAACUCAAUGAAACUGCAUCACUGUCAUCAGCCGAUAACGAUCCCGAAGACAAUCAAAAUUCAUCCUUACUUUCACUUACACAGGAUUCGGUAUUUGAGGGCUGGUUAAGUGUGCCCAAUAAACAGAAUAUAAGACGUCAUGGAUGGAAACGUCAAUUUGUGGUGGUAUCAUCGCGUAAAAUUAUAUUCUAUAAUUCUGAAAUUGACAAACAGAAUACCAUUGAUCCUGUGCUAAUAUUAGAUUUAAGCAAAGUGUUUCAUGUACGAUCAGUAACUCAGGGUGAUGUUAUAAGAGCCGAUGCCAGAGAGAUACCACGAAUUUUCCAAUUAUUAUAUGCCGGUGAAGGAGAAGCCCGCCGACCCGAUGAACAACAACAAUUGGAUAUAAGUGUGCUUAGAGGUGGUACAGCCGAAGAACGACCCGGAUCCAUAAUACACAAAGGCCAUGAAUUUGUGCAUAUUACCUAUCAUAUGCCCACUGCUUGUGAAGUGUGUCCUAAACCCUUGUGGCAUAUGUUUAAACCACCAGCGGCCUAUGAGUGCAAAAGAUGCCGCAACAAAAUCCACAAGGAACAUGUCGACAAUAAUGAUCCUUUAGCACCUUGCAAACUGCAUCAUGAUCCUCAUAGUGCGAGAGAAAUGCUUUUGUUAGCUUCCAAUACCGAUGAACAGAAUUUAUGGGUAUCACGUCUCUCUAAACGUAUCCAAAAAUGUGGAUAUAAGGCGAAUUCCUCAUCAAAUAAUAAUAGCAAUAAUACCGAUGGUAGUAAAAUAUCACCAAGCCAAUCAACACGUUCCAAUUACAAGCCAUAUGCAGUUAAUGUACAAAGAUCAGCUACGCUGCCAGCAAAUUCAUCAUUAAAACAGUGAUUUACAAUGUUUUAUUAUUUUUAUUUUAUAAUUUUUAAUUUUCUUUAAAAUUUAACAUAGUUUUAUUAAUUUUUUAUUUUAUUUUAAUUUAAUUAUUAUCUCUAAUUUCUGCUGUUUAUACUUAUUUAUAUUAAUCUGUAACAGAGUUGUUUUUCAUUUUAAGUGGCUUCUUUUGUUUUUAAUUUAACUAAUAAUUUUGUUUUUUCUCUCCCUCGCUCACACAAUUAUUAAAUAAUAUGGCAAUUUUUUUUAAUUAAUU